UUAAUUAGAAAAAAGCCUAUAUUAUUAUUGGUAAGAAGUUUGACCAUGAUACAUCGCUUAGGAAGUAUUAUAUUGGCUUGCAGUAGUGCAUCAUUUUCAACUUUUUUGUACAAUUAUUUCUACCGAGAAGAAACAGAGGUGUUAUUUUUCUACGGAUUCAUGGAAAUUUGCAAUUUUCACCGAAACAUAGCAGCUAUAACACCUGUUGUUCAAAAUAAUGAGUGUUUUAAGUGCAAACUAAACAUAUUGAUUGGAUAUCUUAAUAGAGCAAAAAAUACUUUGGAUAUCUGUUUAUAUACAUUAAGUCAUGAAUUAUUAACAAAUGCAAUUCUUGAUGCUUAUAAACGUGGAGUUAAUGUCAGGUUAAUUGUAGAUUAUGAUAAUUUUAUGACUACAUGGAAAAUAAGUAAUGUGGGUAUCUCAAAAAGAGUUAAUAAACAUGAUAAGUAUUUAAUGCAUCACAAGUUUGUUAUUAUUGAUAACAAAAAAGUGAUCUUAGGGUCUUUGAAUUGGACUAUGUCACCUCGAACAAAUUGGGAAAAUGUAUUCAUUACAAAUAAUUGUGAAUUGGUUAAUCCUUUUAGACAAGAAUUUCUAAGGUUAUGGGAACAAUUUACUUAGUUUUAAAACCAUUGUCCAUUUGUUAUGAAUUUUUAUACAUAAUAUUAUGUAAAAUUUUCUCUAAUAAACAUUCCUAA